GCUUUAACCCAUUGACCCGUCUCUACCCACACUUCGUCGUCCAUUCGACACCGAAUCGCGGACGACUCAGACGCCUUCGAAAAAUGAAGCAAUCGAACAGGCGAGUCCAAAUCGGCGACGCAAAACCUGUUCGUUACGACGACGACGACAAUGGAGAAGAAGGCAGUUUAAAAUUACGACCCUCGGAUAGCAACGUCACGGAAGAUCAAGAGCCGUUCAUGGGGGUCAAGGUCCGUAGAAAAGCCUCGAUUCACAGGGAUUACAGGGGUGACUAUCUCGACGUCCCUUCACGACCCUACCUUAUGAAGAUUCUCGAGAAACAAGGUGACAGGCAAGUUCUAUUCGCAGAUAAAGUUUUGAAGUUUACUGGUUCAGGGAAGAUGAAACAACGUAUUUUGCUAAUUACUGACUUUGCCAUGUACAUUGUUGAUCCGGAGACUGAUGCACUUAAAAGGCGGAUAGCCCUGGCAGCUGUUGAUAAAAUUUGUCUGAGUGAACUAAGUGAUAAUUUCUUUGCAAUUAUCAUCCCAACCGAGUAUGAUAUACUCAUGGCUAGUACUCGAAAGACUGAAAUUGUAACUGUUAUAGGGGAUGCAAUCAAGAGCGAUUCUGAUUACGAACUAGAGGUGGCCUUCUCCAACAGGUUUGAGUAUCGUGCGGCUGCUGAGCUGGUGAAGGAAAUUAUGUUCGAGGAAGUUGAAGGUGGUGUGAGAACAAAAAUUGUGAGGAAGUGAGUUGCAGUUUGUCAUUCGUAUGGAUUGGGGUUGGUGGUGUUUAUAUAAAGUUGACUGAUUAUCAUUGCAAGCCGGUUUGUGCUCAGGUUUAAGUCCAACCGUUACAGAUAUUAUCGCUCAUUGUGUCAUAUUGAUUUGUUCUGUGUAAUUGUUUCGGCUACAAAAUCAAUUCCAUGUAGAUGUGUUUUUUGAGUUCAUUCAAUUCUAUAUAAAUUGUUUGCCAUUGAAAA